AUGGACGGUGAUCUGCUCGACGGUCUACUGGACCUGGAGGAAGAAUUCUACCAAGAGGGCUUUAACCUGGGCUCCGCGGAUGGUGCCUUAGCUGGCUACACCGAAGGGAGUGUGUUUGCCGUCGAGAAAGGGUUCGAGAAAUUCGUCGAGAUCGGACGACUGUACGGAAAAGCGUUGGUUUGGGCUCAACGUCUUGCAGACUCCAACCCCUCUGUCUCUGCCAAGGCCGGUUCGGAAUCACAAACGGAGAAGACGACGGACGAAGGAUUGCUGGACCCAUCGCUUUGCAAGGAGAUGCCCAAGCUGGUGGCGAGCCCCAGACUGGCCAAGAACCUCGACACCCUGCUCGAAUUAGUCGACCCGGCGUCUCUGCCGAUGGUGAACGAUGAGGAGGCUGUCAAUGAUGUGGAUGAACGCUACAAAGGCGCGGUUAUGAAGGCCAAGCUCAUUCAGCGGGCGCUGGGUGAAAGAGAAGACAAUUCGGACAUCCACCCGGACGCAAAGGAGACAUUGAUUGCAGCUGCAGGUGACGGGACAGGCAGCAUUGAAGACAUCAGUUCAUUAAGUAUUCGGCAUUAA